AUAGUUGACUAUUCCAUGCUUGCUUGUUGUACCGGAGCGACGAACCGGAGCAGCUUUACGUACACUGAUACAGUCAGUUUUACAGUUGGUGGUCAGGUGGAUUACCUGAGUGAAGUGUAUACCCAAGUUGAAUAAGAGCCAAAAUGUGUGUUUCGGUGGUCAAAUUCGAGUUGGAUUUGUGACUUUUCGGUUAACCAGUGUUUUGGAUUGUUGUUUACAACAUCCCAACAGGGAAUACCAGCAUUUGCUUAGGUGAUGCAUCAAGCCGAUUACAGAAUGUACCCCACAUCGUCUUAUCCGAUCGACAGAAGACUGUCCUCGCUUUCGCUAUCGACCAAACAGGAAAAUCCCGAAUACGCCAUAAACCGAUUUUCGCAAAAAUACGAUUCUUAUCAGGAGUUCCUCUACAGGAACAACCAACAACGUAGACGACUUUCGUCAACGGGGGAAGGAAGUGGAGACUCGAGCACGACUGCAUCCGGGAGCAGUUACGGGGAGCGCGAGGACGGCAGCGAAGGAAGAGCUGAGAGUGAUGAAACAGACAGAGAAGAGAGGGAAGAAAGGAAGCCUCUUGAGGGUCAGAUUACGGAUUAUGAGAGGCAGCAGGUCGAGACCUUCUUCAAAGGACUGAAAACGCAGGUAUACGUGUGCAGUUCCUUGGCAAACUUAUAUUUCAAAACCGCAUCAGAUCAAGACUGGCAGUUAAAAUAUACCGGAAUACCAGUGGUAGUCUUAGACAUCGGGGAAUCCCGCGCUAGGGAUAAAAGGCGGAUACAAAUAGCUCUAGCAGAAAGAGGAACAUGUUUCAUGCUUUGGAAUGACACCAUCGAUAAUUUAUCUUCAUAUCAAGUAGCUGGGAAUGCGUUCCAUACAAUGUGCUGCUCCUCGGAUCAUACAAAGCAAAUUGGGUUCAGCUUUGACACCGCUCAAGCGGCCGAUGAUAUGUGGACACAUAUAGAGCGAUUAGUUUCAUGUCCCGAGAACAUAUCGCUGUCGAUUCCAGGGAAAAAGAAAAAGAAGAAAGAGAAAAAGCUGCCAAAGCCAGCACCUCUUCCUCCUAAAAGCCAUAUUUCUCAACCCUGCUGCUUCCAGCACAUCACGUCUGUUGACAGGGACGACACUAAUAGAUACUACUCGCUUAAGGAGUUUGUCCCGAGUAACUUGCACAACUCGAGGUUACAUGCUCUCGACGAUAUUUAGUUCUUUAUACUUACUAAGAACAUGACUGAUGUUUCUUAUCAUUAUUGUUUUAUUUUUGUGUGUGGAUGUACGAUACGAGAGGAGUAAGAAAAGGGUGAUUUGUGGGACCACAAGUCACAGAGCUUGAUUGUGUAGGUACUAAAUAAUAUGUGUAAAACUUGUUGCUUACAAAGCGUAGAUUUACUUAGAACUGUUAUCAAAGAGAACUUUAAUUGGUAAUUACAGUUAAGAAAUUGUCGUGAAACUAUAAAGAUGUAAUUUCUGUUUAGGAAGUAUUUCAUUAAAUCUGUGAUACCGUUUUAAGAACUUAUUUUAUAUUGUUUUUCAUUGUAAUUCAUAUUCUACAGUAAAUGUAGUUUAAAACAAUAAUAAAUAUGUUUAUCGAUGUGAAAAA